AUGGAAGAACUUACGGCUUUUGUAUCCAAAUCUUUCGACCAGAAAAGCAAAGAGAGCAGCAGCGGCAGUGGCAGCAGCAACAAGAAGGAGACGAUCACGUACAGGGAAGUUUUGGAGAGUGGGUUGGCUCGUUCUAGGGAGCUUGGAAACUCUGACUCCAGCCUGCAGGACAUGACCGAGAGCAGCAAUCAUUGCCCGGUGCAUCUUUUCAAAGAUCACGUAGAGAGCGACAAGGACAAACUGAAAGAGUUCAGCACAGGCAGGACGGCGGAAGGGAUCUACGAGUGCAAAGAGAAAAGGGAAGAUGUGAAGUCAGAAGACGAAGAUGGACAGACUAAGCUCAAACAAAGGAGAAGCAGAACCAACUUCACACUAGAGCAGCUGAAUGAGCUGGAAAGACUUUUUGAUGAAACGCACUAUCCGGAUGCCUUCAUGAGGGAGGAACUAAGCCAGAGGCUGGGACUGUCUGAAGCUAGGGUUCAGGUCUGGUUCCAGAACAGGAGGGCAAAGUGCCGAAAGCAGGAAAACCAGAUGCACAAAGGUGUGAUUCUAGGAACCGCCAGCCAUUUAGACGCCUGCAGAGUGGCCCCCUAUGUGAAUAUGGGAGCCCUGAGGAUGCCCUUCCAACAGGUCCAGGCGCAGCUGCAGCUGGAGGGCGUGGCCCACGCGCACCCGCACCUGCAUCCGCAUCUGGCUGCCCACGCGCCCUACCUGAUGUUCCCGCCACCGCCCUUCGGGCUGCCCAUCGCCUCCCUGGCCGAGUCUGCUUCCGCCGCUGCCGUGGUGGCCGCCGCCGCAAAGAGCAACAGCAAGAACUCCAGCAUCGCCGACCUGCGGCUGAAGGCCCGCAAGCACGCCGAGGCCCUGGGGCUCUGA